AUGUUUCUCAUCCGUACUCUCACCUCAUUCUUCAUUUGGGUCCGAAUCGCCUCAUCCGCCAACGCCAUCACUUGUCCCUCCGGCCCAGAACUCAGAGUCACUGUGCCGCCGUCCUUCCAAAGCCCAAGUAACACAGACUACAAGUCCCUAGCUGAAGUCCACGACGCUCUCACCCAUUGUCCCAAAAUCACAACACUUGAACUGCGUAUCGGGCAGAUCGGCUGUGUAGGAGAACCCGAUCGCUGGAGCCUUCCCCUCGAUCCUGCCGGAACAUCACGAUAUCUCCCCGUACUCGACACCCUAUCUCUCGAGAAGUAUCAUUUCUACGACACGGAUGGGGAUUACCUACGUCUUCCGAGUACUUGGACUCACCUCAGUGCCUGGAUCUGGUCGGGUGAUGCCUUCAGAUGGUUGAAAUGGAGAUUACUCUCAGACGAGCAGAGAUCAGUCAACAACAUCGAACUAUGGAUCGACGCAAUGGACUUUUCCAAGAUCCGGAGUCUUUCCAUCGUAGACUACGACGGUCCCUCCGAGACACUCGUCGAAAGCAAAUUUCCGUUUUCUCUACCGAGCCUUCGCACGUUGGGACUCGAACGAAGCACAACAGUAGACUUUGCCCUCUCGCUACCACCGCAUUCGCUAGAAAGCCUUUCUUGGCUAGACGCCGGCCAAAACCAGUCCAUCAUACCCAUACUCGAACACCACGGACGCUCACUCACUCACCUAGAAUGGCGAACACCAGAAAGCCUAGAGUCCAAAAGGCCAGUGCUUCCGAAGGAGGUGCUACGAGAUAUCCGCAACCUAGCACCAAACUUGCAAGCACUGACAAUCGACCUCAACCGCAACGGCACGUGGCCAUGGGAGGACCUCCGCGCUAUCUCGUCAGGCCUCCCAUCCGCCGUGACCAACCUCACGCUAUACCUCGAGGUUGCGAGCGAAUGUCGUCGUCAACAGGGCCCCUACGAUCCGAUCCGAUGUGAGGGUACGUGCGGUCCGGCGGAGCAACUCGCGAAGCCCUUACUCACGGCGACGAGUGCCCUCCAAGUUGCGAGAUUCAUUCGGCAUUACGCAGAAAGUUCGUUGACCUCCAUCAACCUCUUCGCGGGCGAUUGGACGAGAACAUGGGAUGGGCCGAUCAACAUGCCGACCUGGUUGGAUAGCAGGCGAGCUUGGAUUGCGUGCGGUGCGGAGGGCGGCGAGCGGGAGGAGCUGAGAUGUUCUGGAAAGGACACGGAAUUGGGCGAGCAGGAGGUUGAGCUCUUUCGGGCCCUGUGUGUCCGGACGUCGGCGGAUCUGUUGGGUGGUGUCACGUACGCUCAAGACCCCGGGGAACAGCGUACGGCAAGUGAGACGCGGUGA